GACGGUUCGAGUAAGUGAUAUUUCGGAACAGAAUCUAGUUCCUUCGAUACCAAUGUAUUCUAGUAAUAUAAAUUUUUUCUGUGUUGGUGUAGUGUACUCAGGUGAAUAUGAUAUUUGUGGUGUUACUCUGAGUGUAUAUCCACACCGGGCGAGCUUGAAAAAUAUGCCCGGCCACGGUGGGAUUCGAACCUACGACCUUUGGAGUACUAGCCCAAUGCUCUUCCAACUGAGCUAAGCGGUCAGGACGGUUCGAGUAAGUGAUAUUUCGGAACAGAAUCUAGUUCCUUCAAUACCAAUGUAUUCUAGUAAUAUGAUUUUUUUUCUGUGUUGGUGUAGUGUACUCAGGUGAAUAUGAUAUUUGUGGUGUUACUCUGAGUGCAUAUCCACACCGGGCGAGCUUGAAAAUAUGCCCGGCCACGGUGGGAUUCGAACCUACGACCUUUGGAAUACUAGCCCAAUGCUCUUCCAACUGAGCUACGCGGUCAGGACGGUUCGAGUAAGUGAUAUUUCGGAACAGAAUCUAGUUCCUACGAUACCAAUGUAUUCUAGUAAUAUAAAUUUUUUUCUGUGUUGGUGUAGUGUACUCAGGUGUAUAUGAUAUUUGUGGUGUUACUCUGAGUGUAUAUCCACACCGGGCGAGCUUGAAAAAUAUGCCCGGCCACGGUGGGAUUCGAACCUACGACCUUUGGAAUGCUAGCCCAAUGCUCUUCCAACUGAGCUACGCGGUGAGGACGGUUCGAGUAAGUGAUAUUUCGGAACAGUAUCUAGUUCCUUCAAUACCAAUAUGUUCUAGUAAUAUGAAUUUUUUUUUCUCUGUGUUGGUGUUGUGUACUCAGGCGAAUAAUAUGUUUGCGAUGUUACUCUGAGUGCAUAUCCACACCGGGCGAGCUUGAAAAAUAUGCCCGGCCACGGUGGGAUUCGAACCUACGACCUUUGGAAUACUAGCCCAAUGCUCUUCCAACUGAGCUACGCGGUCAGGACGGUUCGAGUAAGUGAUAUUUCGGAACAGAAUCUAGUUCCUUCGAUACCAAUGUAUUCUAGUAAUAUAAAUUUUUUUCUGUGUUGUUGUAGUGUACUCAGGUGAAUAUAUGAUAUUUGUGGUGUUACUCUGAGUGUAUAUCCACACCGGGCGAGCUUGAAAAAUAUGCCCGGCCACGGUGGGAUUCGAACCUACGACCUUCGGAAUACUAGCCCAAUGCUCUUCCAACUGAGGUACGCGGUCAGGACGGUUCGAGUAAGUGAUAUUUCGGAACAGAAUCUAGUUCCUUCGAUACCAAUGUAUUCUAGUAAUAUAAAUUUUUUUCUGUGUUGGUUUAGUGUACUCAGGUGAAUAUGAUAUUUGUGGUGUUACUCUGAGUGUAUAUCCACACCGGGCGAGCUUGAAAAAUAUGCCCGGCCACGGUGGGAUUCGAAUCUACGACCUUUGGAAUACUAGCCCAAUGCUCUUCCAACUGAGCUACGCGGUCAGGACGGUUCGAGUAAAAUUUAUAUUACUAGAAUACAUUGGUAUCGAAGGACCUAGAUUCUGUUCCGAAAUAUCACUUACUCGAACCGUCCUGACCGCGUAGCUCAGUUGGAAGAGCAUUGGGCUAGUAUUCCAAAGGUCGUAGGUUCGAAUCCCACCGUGGCCGGGCAUAUUUUUCAAGCUCGCCCGGUAUGGAUAUACACUCAGAGUAACACCACAAAUAUCAUAUUCACCUGAGUACACUACACCAACACAGAAAAAAAUUAAUAUUUACGAUGUUAUCUUUUCAUUUUUGUUUUGUUUUGUUAAAGGAUAUACCGGAAAUUCUUCUUGAUAUCAGAACUGCGCCAAAGAGAGAAAAGGUGUACGCUGAUCACGGUACUGGCGCAAAAAAGGGAAUAUGUGUUUUCCAGGCUACAUUGGACGAAAUUCCUGAUGGCUACUAUUUUAUUGGGCAGGUCGCAGUUGGACAAACCGAGUCAGUAGAUGUACCCAAAUCUUCCGUAAUUUUGGUAAAGCCGUUGCUUGCCAACCUUAUAAAGCCACCACUAUAUUACGAAUCCAAAUGGAAUGAUAAGGAUUCUGGAGGAAAGAUAGAUUGUUCAUUUUGGAGAGUCGUUGCUCCCGAGGGCUACGUAGCACUGGGGGAUGUUGUUACCAACAACUACUCGGAGCCGUCUAGUAAAUUCACCGCCAAAUUUGCCUGCAUUAGAAAAGAUUUGUUGGUACCAGGAAAGUUCACCAACCUAUGGGAUGAUCGUGGUUCCGGCGCAAAACUAGAUGGAUCUGCUUGGCAAGUUGAUGGCCCUGGUCUUGCAGGAUUGUUUAAAGUUCAGAGUGGCUACCAGGAACCAGCUAUGCCAGCUUUUGUACUCCCUGCCAAGCUAGUUCAAAAGAAAUGA